AUGCACGGCCUUCCUAUGGCCAACUGGCAGCCGCCGCCGGCGCAUUUUCAAGGAUCACCGUCCGGAGUGGCCUUCCAAGGGUUACCUCACAUUGAGACUGCCUCUCACGCGUACCCACAUCGCCUUCAGACUCCGCAGCCUGCGAGAGUAACUCAUGGGCUCCCAACCUGGGACGCCAACCAGCAAACCGCACAUGCUCACCCUCUCAGGCGCAGGGUAUCGAGUGACAACGUUGUAGCGGCCUCGCGAGGCUACGACAACGGGCCCGAUUUGACGCGCCGGCUGGAAGACAUGGAGGAACGUUCAGAAGAGGAGCAGAAGCAGCGCCUCAGGCUUGAAUCGAAAAUGGACGAGAACGCGCAAACUCUUGCCAAUAUUUUGAAGGAACUGAAAGCCUUGAAGCCCCAGACGGUCGUCCCAACCAACUCGGUUGCCGUGCCGGUUGCCAACUCAAACAAUGAGAUCCCCGCUGUUUCCAUCGCUUCUAACGCACCCCAUAACACAAACUCGGUCACCCAACAGCACCCUGUGAAUCGAUCAUUGACCAUGGGAGACAACAUCGAGGCUCACCAGCAAACUGGACAAGUCCAGAACGAUACGACGGAAGAAGCCAACAGCACUGCUGGCGGAAUGGUAGUCCGGGUCUCAAAGCGACAGGCUCAACCCGAGCAGACUGGCGACCAGGCCGGCGAGUCGUUGAAGCGCGCGAAGACGGCGCACGCAACUGCCGCUGAUACCAGCAAAAGCGACUCGGGUUCGAGCCGUUCUUCGUCGGUGGGGGCUCGCUCUACUGCUGUUUUCCAACUCUUGCCAGAGGUGGCCCAGGAGCAUCUGCAGCAACAACAGCCAGGAGAUCGCGCCGAGGAGUCUAGUGCUAGUAAGCCCUCGACGCCGCCGAUCGAGGCCACCGCCCCAGGCCCAUCCAACAACAGCAACAACGACCCCGAUCUCCGAUGGGCACGCGAAUUCCUCGACUUCAUCAAGCGCAUGGACUGCACGUCAGACAAGGACCUACUAACCCUCAAGACGCGCGUCAAAGGCCGUGCAUCCUUCGACUUCCCACUCUGCACCGACAGCCCAACCCGGCGCAGCAAGCUCAGCUACUUCCUCAAGAUCGGCGGCAGCCUCAGCACAACCCUCACCCCGAACCCAGACAACCGGCCCACCCAACCCGGCGCCGCGCGCGAGGCGGUCGAACACCUCAACAUCUACGAGACCUACCACGGCCGGCGGUGCGCGGCGGCCUCCGGCAGCGAGUUCCGCGCCUACCACCCGCCGCGCUACGUGGUGCCGCUGGGCGAGGUGUACCGCGCGUGCCGCUCGUCCGACAAGCCCGGCGAGGUGGUCUCGACCAACUUCCUCGCGUUUAUGGAUGUUGGCACCCCGCGCAAGAGCGUCUGGCUGAUGUACCGGUACGAGCGCGCGGUGGAGGACAGGGACCGCGUCCAGUGGCAGCCGGUGGCCACGCACGGUGAGCGGGACUCGGUGUUUUCGAGCGCGGUGCGCACGUUUGAUGCGGUGUGCUUGCUUGAGGAUGUGGAGGGCUGGAAGGGGCCUGCGGAGGAUAUGGUUGGCAUGCGCCGGUUUGAGGAGGCGCUGCCUGAGAGUGGUCACAUGGUUUUGAACUGUGUUUUCUAUACCCCGGUGCUGGAGAGGCUGAGGGAGGCGAUCAAGAAGGGUUGGGAGCCGGCGGUGGAGAAUGACGAGGAGGAGGAGUAG